AUGGAUUCCAGCAACCAUAAAUUCUAUCCUGUACACGGCUUUGAUUCUAAAGAAUAUCUGGAAACAUAUUUAUCUAGCAAACCAGACAUGGACUUUAGAGAUGAUUCAAUUAAAUUUCCAAUGGAAUGUUUACACCGUGCAUUCAGUGCAGGUCACAUUAAGGGAGACCUUUUGAUUGACAUCAGUUAUGGAUCCUUCAUUCAUCAUCUAUAUACAGCCAGUGGAUAUUUCAAACAGAUCCUUGUGCUGAAGGUCUCUGAGCAAUGUAUUAUGGAGCUGAACAAAUGGAUUAACACACGUACCGGAGCGUUUGAUUGGUCUCACAUAAUAGAAUAUAUUAAAUUCACAGAAGAAAACAGUGACCAGUGUCAGGACAAAGACAUGACAUUGAAGACAGCAAUAACAAAGAUCAUGAAAUGUGACAUUGACAAUGAGAAUCUCACAGACCCGGAGGUGCUCCAACCAGCAGACUGUGUCAUCAGUGCAGGUUUCUUGGAUUUGAUCAGCAAAGACCAAGAUGAUUAUAUAAAUAAUUUCAGAAAACUUGUGAAGCUACUAAAACCUGAAGGAUACCUGUUAUUGAUAGGGCUUUUAAAUACAACUUAUAAAAUGGUUGGGCAGGAGAAGAUACAUGUGUUCAGAUAUGAUGAGAAAUUUGCAAGAAAAGUUCUCACUGAUGAAGGGUUUGUUAUUGAUCACUGUGCAGUCAAGAAAAGGAAAGUAGUGAGUUAUCUUAGUGACUAUGAGGCAGUUAUAUUUAUAACAGCUCAUAGAAAGUAA